AUGGAAAAGAUCAAAAGUGAUGAUGAAGAAUGGUUUUUGGCGCAAAUUGUUCUUGAGGAGGAACCAAAAGCCUUAGAGCAGAAGCAUGAGGGACAGAGGCUGGUAGUGGAAGGGUCGUUUUUGGCUUUGUGUUGGGCUAUGGAGAGCAUGAAUAGCCAUAGAAUGCAAAGAGUGGUGUUUGAGUUGGAGGAUGUGGUCCUUAUUGGUGUGGUGAAUCGUCCGCAAGCGUGGCCAUCCUUUGGAUUUCAAGCGGCGGAGUUACUUCUGUUACUAUCAGAAUUGGUUGAUUGGAGAGUGGUGUUUGGAGGAAUAGAAACAAAUAGAGGAGCUAAUCUCAUUGCUCAAAGUGUCACCAAUGAUGGUCGCUUACACUUUUAUGUGACUUCCUGUCAUCCGUCGUGGUUAAAUGGUGUGUUUGAGAGUGAGAGAGUUUUAUCCUCUUUUUAA